UAUGUGUAUUUAUAUGUUGUGUAUUUUAUAUAGUGUCAAUUAUGUAAUAAUUCAUUCACUCUUGUCCAUGUGUUUAUUUUCAAUGGUUCAUUGUUGAUCUUUAUUGCUAAUUAUUAGUUUGAUGGUUUAUAUGAUUUGUUUUUUUCUUUGUUAUGUUCCCUAAUUUAUUUCUUUAUUUUGUUUUUCCAUUAGUUAAAUAAAUUCAGACAUGAAGGGUUUAAAAUGGUUCUCAUCAGAUGUAAUUAUGUGUUUUGUUUUGUUUUUAAUUAUUUGUUUUUUUGUCUGACAGUCAUCGGUGUUGGACAAGCAGUUUUGUCAUCUGAUUUCCUGUAACGUUACCAAGCAUCAUUUUAGACCAAUAAAAAGAGGUUGUUUUCUGUCCGUGCAUGCUGAUUGGCUGAAGCAAAUUUCAAACUUGCACUUAUAAGCAGCCAUCGCCAGUUACUCGUCCGGUUUGUCUCUAUCUGUGACUGCGUAAGCAUACUCAGAGAAAGGCAAGCCACCCUUUGCUUUCAAAAGCUUUCAAAGAGAGUUUUUGCUGUUGAGGAUAUUUGGUGGAUUAUCAGACUGCAGCUGCCUUCCCAGCGAUACAAGAUGCCGCGUGGGAAGUCGUACCUACGUUCUGAAGCCGCUAAGAAGCGCAAUGUUGACCAACUCACGCUCCGAGUUGGUCAUGCACAGCCUUCCGCUCCAUUUUGUGGACAGCGUGGCACAGGCUUGCGCCACAAAGUCCGUAGAUGGCCAGUGAGUGUCUAUACUGGGCGUAGUAACAAGCUGGUCAUCCCUGAGGGAACUCCAGACAAGAAGUUCGUUUUGCUUGUUGGAGACUCCCAUCUUCGCGCUGUUGCUGAUGGGAUAGUCAAAAUGCCAGGAGAAAAGCUGUCUUUUGGCAUUAUGGCGACUCCCGGUGCCGACGCUAAUCAGCUGCGUACAGAGGUUUCACAUGCGGUGAUUCCCCUGGUCCCAGACGCAGUCUGUAUUAUGGCCCCCAGCAACAACCUUACGGCCAGCCGAACCGUUGAUGAAGCGGGACAGGCUUUUAGCCAAUAUUUGAGGACAGCGUGCGAACGCUGGCCGAAGGUCUUUGUGAUGGAUUUUGUCCCGCGACUUACGGUCUCAGGGGAAUACCAAGAACUCAUGCGGCAGGAGUUCCACCGUCAGUCAGUACGUCUGGGUGUCAAGUAUUGGCACAUGGCUGACCAUUUCCCCCUGGGACGUCGGGAGUUGUGGUGCCCUGAUGGUAUCCACCUUAGUGAUAACGUUGGGAUGCCAAUCCUUGUGCAGUUGCUGUGGGGUGCCGCCUACCAGCAACUGGAGACACCAGCACCUGUGCCACCGGUGCAACGCCAGGUGUCUCCUAAGCCAUCUGUGCCAAGGAUUGCUCCCAGAGUGGUUGUGAAGGGGGAGGUACCAGCUACACGUCCACCCCCUUCCGAGUGGACGCUGGUGGAAUCGGGCAGGAAGAGGAACCAUUCGGGAGAAGCUGGGCCUGCCCCUGCUUCACCCAAGAGGAGGGUGGUUCCCCGUCAGGCGGAUGGCACUCCGGUGGCCUUAAGGGAGUGUUUCAUCCCACUCAAUCCUGUCCGGUUCUCUACAUCUAUUCUGGCUGCCGUGGAUAAGUCUUUUCCAUCGGCUCUUGGCGACUUUCCUACAGGCAACCCGGUUGAGGCCACACCAAGCCUGGUGUCUGCCUGUGACGUGCCAGGGCCCAGCUGUUCCGAGGCGGUUCCGAUGGGUGUCCAGGUGCCAGCGGGUGGUGGCUUGCAGCGCACACAAGAAGCCACCACAGUGUUGUAG